AUGACAGGAGAAAGACACCCUUAAGGAAGAGGAGGGGUGUGUGUGUGUGUGUGUGUGUGUGAUGGAGAGGAAACCAAGACUUUCUGAAGGAUUCAGCCAGAGAGUUUUCUGGAGAGGGGAGGGGCAGAGGGCACAGCACAUGUGUCCCAGGUAAGCCGGCAGGAAUGCGCUAGCUGCAGAGCCCGGCGCGGCUGGGCCUCCCAGGUGACUCAGACACUGCCAGGAAGCCCAAGAUCCGCCCCCUUUUCCCAGUUUCUCUCCAGUCAGAGCAGCCUUCUCUUGCCGGCCGGCCGGGUCCUAGGGCGCGGGGUCAGGGGCCACGCUUGCCCCGGGCCGCCCACAGCCCAGGCACUGCCUGGUCUCGGGGAGGACUCCCCUUCUUCCCUGUUCCCCGGAUUCCUUCCCGCUUUGCCCUCAAGACACUGGAGCCAUCCAGGCCAUUUCGCUGGGGCCGCGUCCCUCCGGACAGACUGGGAAAGAGCCCCAGGCGGUGACACAGCUGCCAACGGAACGGCUGCAGAAGAUUUUCAAGCGCCGUCCCGGGCAGAUGUCCCAGGUGAACGGCUCGCUCUCUCGACACCACGACGCGCCCCAUGGAGACCCCAGACUGGGUCGGCCCCCCAGUCCGAUCUUGGACUCAGCCUCAGCCCAAGACGAAUCCUCCUCUGCAUCUCUCCUGCCUGAACUGGAGGUAGCACCGUCCCCACGCUUUUCAGAGGCAGCCCUGGGAGAGGCCCUCCUAAAGGAAGAAGCUCCCCCUAUGCCCCAGGGUAACGGACCAGGGUCUCUCCAGGCCUUGGAAAGCACUGAACCUGCCAUCUCUCCAGAAGCUGUGACAUGCCAGCCUCAGGGGCUUCCCUGCCCAAAGGGACUUCCUGGACCCUCCAGCUUUACCCCGCUCUUGCCCAAUGGUGCUGGCCAUUCCCCGGAGGCGGGUGGCAGCAGGAGGUCAGGGAACGGCACACUGGGUGGCCCCAGAACCCACCGGAAGCUGCAGCCACACUCAUCAUUCGCCAGCCAGGGCAGCAAAAAGAGCAAAGGAAGCACAAAGUCAUCGGCUUCCCAGAUCCCCAUUGAGGCUCAGGAAGACUGCUGUGUACACUGCAUCCUCUCCUGCCUGUUCUGCGAGUUCUUAACGUUGUGCAACAUUGUCUUGGACUGCGCCACCUGCGGCUCUUGCUCUGAGGACUCCUGCAUCUGCUGCUGCUGCUGCGGAGGGUCGGGGGAAUGUGCCGACUGUGACCUGCCCUGUGACAUGGACUGCGGUAUCAUUGACGCCUGCUGCGAGUCGGCCGACUGCCUGGAGAUCUGCAUGGAGUGUUGUGGGCUUUGCUUCUCCUCUUAGCCCCUGGCCCUAGGCGGUGGUCUGGGGGAGAGGGAAUAAUGGGGGAAGAGACCUCCCAACCCAAACUGCCUCCCUCCCACUCUCUAUUACAAAUCAACUUGCCUCCUUGCCAAGGAUUCAUUUGGGGCGGACUUGAGCUCCAGAUCGGCAAGAUGGGCAGAAACAACUGCAGUUUAAAGCCAGUGGAGGAAAGAGACACAGGGGGCAUCAUAGCCUUCCCCUUCCCCCCCAUCCUUUUUUCCUCAAUCCCCAGCACCUUGGACCUUAAUUAUGGAGCCCUGAUAUGGGAGAAUCCCAGUGGUAGUAGAUUUAGAAACCCAGGGGUUCCAGACAAUUAGUCAAUCAAUCAAUAAGUAUUUAUUAGUCUAAGGUCUUAGGGGCCUGUCCUCUGCCCCUGCACCAACCUAACUGAGAACUCCUAGAAGGGACCAUACCUGGGGGUAGGCUAAGACCUGGCUCCCUGUGUCAGAGCCCUCAGGACCAGGCUUCAGUACACUGUGAAAGUCAAGGGAGAAGAGCCCUGGGGAGAAAGGGACCCUGCCAGCCACCAGUAAUUUUGGCUUUGGGGAACUGGAGAGUUGGGUGGGGCUCCCUAGAAUGUAAACUGGACAGACCUGGAUUGAAGGUGGUGAAGAAGAAAGCAGGGACAAAGAAAAUCCUGAAUUUUUCUACCUCUCACCACCCCUAGCCCCAGACUCUCUCUGACUCUAUCCCAGCCUCUGGGGCAGCUAAAUGUGAAGAAAAAAAGGACACUUCAAUUGGGGUACUCAUCCCCAUCCCCUCUUCCCCUCUUUGCUCUUUCCCUUCUCCUGGGUUUCCCUAAGAUGCUAACCUGAAGAAUGACCUAGGAGAGGAAAGCAAAGCCUAAAGACUGGAUGUGUGAAGAGAGAAUAAACACAGUAGAAAGGCGAGGGGGUGGGGAAUUAUAUGGAAGAGACUGGAAUGGGUGGUGGGAGGGAAAUGGUGGGGAGGGUCAGGCCUGUUAGUUGCUGUAAAUAAAUAUCUUUGCCGUUUCUCACUUUUCCAGUGUGUCAUUGUAGAGCGGGAUCUAUAGCAUUAGAAAAGGCAUGAGAACUCAUUAAACCCAGCUCCCUUAUUUUCCAGAUUAAUGUCACAGAGCUAGAAAGUUGUAAAGCUAGAAUUCAGCCGAAGUUUUCUCACUCCAAGAUCAGGACUCUUUUUAUUUGCAGAACAGAUAGGAUGUUCCAUUGUUGUUGUUGUUGUUUUUAAUUAAUAUUAUUUGUUUUGAUUUUUAAUAGCAUUUUAUUUUUCCAAAUACAUGCAAAGAUAGUUUUCAACAUUCUCUCUGACAAAACCUUGUGUUCCAAGUUUUUCUCCCUCUCUUUCCCUCUCUCCCCCUUCUCAAGACAGCAAGCAAUUCAAUAUAGGUUAAACAUGUUCAGUUCUUCUAGACAUAUUUCCACAUGUGUUAUGUUGCACAAGAAAAAUCAGAUCAAAAGGGGAAAAAAACACAAGAAGAAAAAACACUAAGAAAACAAAUAACAACAAUAAAAAGGUGAAAAUACUGUG